CGCGUCCGGAGCCUGUGCUCCGCAACGGGAGAGGCCACAACAGUGAGAGGCCUGCGUACAGCAAAAAAAAAAAAAAAUAGUUGCUCAUUCUUUAGAAUCUGAGUUUCAGGUUUAACUGGGUGGCCUUUAUUUUUAUUUGCUUAAUCUGGAAACCCUACCCAAGCUGCAGCAGCACGGGGUCAGAGGGCAGGUGGCCAUUCUCCUGCCCCCUCCAGUGAUUCUGCAAGAAUGAGGCUGAGGUCGGUUGUCCUUGGGAUGGCAGUGACUCUGCUCAGCUGGACGGGGGUGCCACCUGGCUGUUCGGGGUGCCGAGGGCCUCCUCACACGCUCACCCUCUCCCUCCCGUGCACUCACACCCAGUCACUUGCAGACACACGCAUGUUCCUUCCCAGAAUUGUUCUGGAAAAUCUCUGUGCAACCACAAGAGCCGGGUUGUGCAAUGGGCUUGGAGAGCACUUUUGCAAACAGGUGGUGCAAUUUCAGAAAACACUCUUGCAGACAGAGUUCUCCCGUGAGCCAGGAUGGACGCAGGACCCAGACGUUCGGCAGUGGGCGGCUGUGGCCGGCCACAGAGUGGGGUCAGGCGCCCCCAAGGUGGCGGGUGAGCGCGCUGCCCUCCUGACUGGGCCUCCUCCUUCCUCUCCGCAGCCGCCCCCGGCACGGCUAGGCCAGCAUGGUGGACCACUUGCUUCCAGUGGACGAGACCUUCUCGUCGCUGAAGUACCCCGUUGGUUACCUGGGUGACAGGCUGGCCGGCGGACGGGCAUACCACAUGCUGCCCUCGCCCCUCUCGGAGGACGACAGUGACGCCUCCAGCCUCUGUUCCUGUGCCAGCCCUGACUCGCAAGCCCUUUGCUCCUGCUACGGCGGCGGCCCCGGGGCCGAGGGCCAGGACAGCAUCUUGGACUUCCUGCUGUCCCAGGCCACGCUGGGCGGCGGCGGCGGUGGUGGCAGCGCUGGGGCCAACGGCGGCCCCAUGGCCUGGGGGACCUGGCGGAAAGCACCGGCACCUGUGAAGGGGGAGCAUUUCUCCUUCCCCGAGUUUCCUGUGGGAGACCCCGAUGACGUCCCGAGGCCCUUCCAGCCCACCCUGGAGGAGAUCGAAGAGUUUCUGGAGGAGAACAUGGAGCCAGGGGUGAAGGAGGCCCCAGAAAGCAACAGCAAGGACUUGGAGGCCCGCGGCCAGCUCUCCGCCGGGCCACACAGGAGCUACCUCCAUCCUGGGGCCAGUGGGAGAGAGCGCUGGCCCCCCCCGCCGGGAGCCAGUGUGGGCGGCAGCCAGAGCGCGGGUGGGGGUCCCGCCCCCGACGGCCCCAUCCCCGUGCUGCUGCAGAUCCAGCCGGUGCAGGUGAAGCAGGAAUCUGGCGCCGAGCCCGUCUCCCCCGGGCAGGCCGCUGAGAGCGUCAAGGUGGCCCAGCUCCUGGUCAACAUCCAGGGGCAAACCUUCACGCUGGUGCCCCAGGCGGUGCCCUCCUCCAGCUUGAACCUGCCCUCCAAGUUCGUGCGCAUCGCCCCUGUGCCCAUCGCCGCCAAGCCCAUUGGGUCGGGACCCCUGGGGCCCGGCUCCGCCGGCCUCCUCAUGGGCCAGAAGUUCCCCAAGAACCCGGCGGCAGAACUCAUCAAAAUGCACAAGUGUACUUUCCCCGGCUGCAGCAAGAUGUACACCAAAAGCAGCCACCUCAAGGCCCACCUGCGCCGGCACACGGGGGAGAAGCCCUUCGCCUGCACCUGGCCGGGCUGCGGCUGGAGGUUCUCGCGCUCGGACGAGCUGUCCCGGCACCGGCGCUCGCACUCGGGCGUGAAGCCGUACCAGUGCCCCGUGUGCGAGAAGAAGUUCGCGCGCAGCGACCACCUGUCCAAGCACGUCAAGGUGCACCGCUUCCCCCGCAGCAGCCGUGCGCCUCGGCCCUGACCCCGACCGGGCCGGAGCCGCCCGACCACCUGCCCCGCCCGGUACUUUGUAGCAACAAGUUAUUGGCCUCCUUCAGAGGGACUUGUCGUCUUCCAGGCCACCUUCUGGGGCCCGGGGAUGCGGACCCAGGCCUCCACCCGCCCCCGCCUGGGGGGGCCCGGAGGCGGCCUGGGGGCCCUAGUGCCUUCCUGCGGCCCGGCCGCUCUCCCGCUGGGCUCCCCGCCUGGGCCAGGGCUAGCGCUCGAUUGCUGGGGCCGAAGACGUGUGCAGUUUCGAAAUGUCAGUUCCCGGAGGGAGCCGUGCUGGGAAGAAGGAAGUAGGCCAGACGUCCGGGGCUGCAAUGGAGUGUGAGCGUGGCUUUGUCCAAGAUGCCUCCCUUGGCCUGACCCCUGGAGGCUACGGUGGGGAGCUCUGGGGUGCAGGACCUGGCCUCGGGUGGAUGUGGGGUUGGGGGACAAGCCCCCUGUCGGCGAGGUGGCAGUGCACGAGCUUGAGUUAAGUGUGCAGGGCAGACGGACAGAUGCAGGGCUGCCCCAGGGCGACGGUACCGGUGUGGCUCAGCCCUCAUCCUGUUUCCAGACAAAUCCAGACGGCAGCCUCCAGGGUCACCUUCAAGAGGAGAGGGGAGCCGCUGCGUUGCGUGUGGAAGAGCUAGAUAGAGCCUCCCCAAACCCUGAUUUAGAAACGCAUUCCUUAUUUUGUCUAGAAAUUAAUAUCAAAUGAACUAGCUUGUUCUGAGAGGUUUAUUUCACAUCCUAUGAAUGUAUGUAAAUAAAAUGUACAUAGGUGCCUCUACAGAAAAUCUUUUAAUAACAUGUCAACGUUGUGUAAAUUGGAAAUAAAAUCUAUAAGCUGGUGUACAUAUGUUACAAUUAUAUAUAUUUUCUUUGGUCCUUCAUAAAAAUAUAUUUACUUUGCCAAUAAAAAGAAAAAAGACCUUGA